AGCCUCUCCUGCUUUAGCCACAAUGCCAUCAGAACGGGAACUCCAAAUUUCCCCUAUUGUCCAGGAGUCUGUGACACACAACUCAAAGACGCUCUUCAACCUCCAGUCCCUGACUGCCUCGCUUUUCGGCGUCGCGGCCGGCAUCCUUGGUCUCGAAUCAUAUAGCGGAUUCCUCUUCUACAUCAUAUCCACCCUGCUCACCGCUAUACUAUUCUACGCGCUCCGCGUCGCGCCGGCGUCAUUACCGUCGGGGAAGCCCAUAUUCGACACGAGCAGGUACUUCAGAGGGCCCUUUGAGUUCUGGACGAGCGGCUUGUUUGGGGGGCUGGCCGGGUUCAUACUUACCUGGACCCUGUUCUAUGGUCUGGUACGGGCGUGAACGGCGAAAUACGGCUACAUCAUCGUGUCUUGGCUUGGCUUUACGGCGUUCAGUGGGUGGAGCGACCAGGUUUCAUUCUGCAAAGAAAGCGGAUUCGAAAGGAUAUAGGGCAUCCCGAGGAUAGCAGCGUCACGACACUAGAACACAGUAUCUAGUUGCAAGAAGAUGCAAGGAACGAGUGGCGCAUUCUGAAUAUGCUUGUAGUUAUUCAAAAAUAACAAAACUUAGCCGCUGAUCCGACAAAACGCU